AUGGACCGCAGUCUCGACGAGAUCAUCGCCGAGGAUUCAUCGCGCAAGCAGACCCGUCCCUCAGGCGGUCGCCGCAAUCCCCCUCAAAAUCGCCGACGCAACGAUCGCGAUGGCGUAAGAAAGCCUUAUUCGCAAGAUCGCGUCGAUCUGAACCUGGAUUGGGUGCAUGAUAAGUUCGACGAUGACCGCGAUGCGCGCGGGUCCCGUGGCACUCGCCACCGUCGCUCAGGCUCGCCCGAUCGUGGUCGUGCCCUGACCAAGGUCCGCGUGGAGAAUCUUCACUACGAUAUCACCGAGCCCGACUUGGAGGACCUCUUUGGCCGCAUCGGUCCCGUUUCCGCCCUUUCCCUCGUCUAUGACCGCGCCGGACGCUCCGAGGGUGUCGCCUACGUCACAUACGAGCGCCUGCGCGACGCUCACGAGUCCCUCCGCGAAUUCGACGGCGCCAACGCCAAGGGUCAGCCCAUCCGCCUUACCCUCGUGCCCGGCCGCCGGGAACGCAACCCCGAUGAUCGCAACACUCUCUUUGACCGCGUAGAGCGCCCUGAACGCGACUCGCGCAGCCUCAGCCCCACUGGUGAAGAAGGCGCAGACGGCUCCCGCCGCCGUGGCCGUCGCAGUGACACCUCCAAACCUGCUCCCGAUGGAAUCGACCGCUACACCCCUGGAUCUCGCCAACGUUCGCCCCGUCGUGGUGGUGGAGGUCGUCGGGGUGGUCGUGAUGGCCGUGAUGGCCGUGAUGGCCGUGAUGGUCGGGACAACCGUAGCCGCACCGAGAGAGGAGGCCGUCGCGGCGCAGAUGGCCGUCCCCGCAAGACACAGGAGGAAUUGGAUCAAGAGAUGGAAGACUACUGGGGUGGAAACAACGCCGCGACUGAGACUGCCGAGAAGCAACCCGAGGCUGCUGCCGCCCAACCGCAGGCUGCCCCAGCCCCGGCGGCUGCUGCUGCUGCGCCUGCUGUCGCUGACGACGAUAUCGACAUGAUCGAGUAA